AUGUCCUCCAACACCCCCCAAAACCAGCCCGGCCAGCCUGGUCAAACCGGUCUCUGGUCCGGCCAUGCCGAGUACAUCAAGGGCGCCGCCGAGGCAGCAGUAGGAACCAUAACAGGCUCCCAAGCCUGGUCGGCCUCCGGCGCGCAAGACAAAGCGCACGCGCGUGCCUCGCUCCAGGCUGCAGCAGGCCAACGCGAUCCAGCCACCUCUGGCUAUGGUAGGGCCGAGGAAAUUGCUGGGCGCCUGACGGGUUGUGAGGGGAUGCGGAGUGAGGGGGCUGCUAGUAAGGGUGCUGCGGCUGGCGGUAGUGGAACGGGGGGUGGUAGUGGGAGUGCUAGUGGCAGUGGGACGGGUAGUUCUGUUGGGACGGGGGCUGGGAAGAGGAGGGAUUGA